CCGCGUGCGAAAGUGGUUGAGAUAAGUUAACUUUACUGCAAGAUGUCAAGAACACGGCGGUUGUUUUAUUCUCUCACUGCACGACUGACAUAGUUAUUAAGUCAGGUAUUUCAGAAUAUUGAACCAUCGAUUAACUCACUUCUACAGCAGUUUUUUUUUUCAGGGAAAGUAGACAUCAGCUAUCUGCUCACACCUCUCGAUGGAAAUUGUUCAUGACAUCCGUCUCGUCGUUCCUGUGUCUAACCUUCACUAAGUCAUGAAAGAAGUUUACAGAAUCUGCUUCUUGCUUGUGACUUUACUGAAAGUUCUUUGCCAGCCUUGUGUCCCUAAUUGUGUCAAAAUGGAUAUUGUUGAUAAUCCAUCCAAGGACGAUGUUAUCCUAGUUGAAGAAAACCUUGUCGUCAAUUUGACAUUUCAUGUUGACACAACGGCUUGCAUAGACAAUACACAACAGUGGGUCUUGAAACUGUCGACAUUUGAAAAGGAAAUGGCUAUCGAUAAAUGCAAGAUUCCUUUUAGUAACGGGAUGUGUCAAAAAAAGGCGCAAAAAGAACCGUGUUCCUGCUUUGAUAGUAAUAAGCGCCUUGUCCAGAUCCAUGAAAACUUUAAUGGGUCGUAUUAUCAAGUAUACUCCUGGACAGGGAUGACACAUGAUGCAUCGACAGAUGUAAAGCUUCUGAAAAGAAUCUUUGUGGUCUUCAAAUCAAAGACUAACGGAAACCAAAUGAAAACACGAGACAACCCUGGUGUACAAUAUUUAUGUCUCAGUCUUCCAGUCGUCAUAGCGGUCUGUGCAAGUGCUGCCAUUGUUGUCGUUAUCGCAAUUAUCUUCAUCGUCAAAAGCUGUAAAACCAAAAACAAAUCAACCAGAACCACCAUCGCCAUCUAUGACAACAGACAAACGUACGAUCAUCUCAGCAGACCACAGUAAACACCUAUCUUCUUGACAAUGAGUAAAGAGGUCUAAAGGUCAUCCUGACAUGAGAACAGAUUAUGUUGAUACGUAGAGUGUUAGAAGCAAAUAGAACUAGAAAAUGAAUGAAUAAAAAUGAAGACGUUAAAGCUACACCAUAGCUCAAGUCAGGAGUUUAGGUCGAAGGAAAAAUGAGUUUACGAACGAACAAAUAAAAAAAUCAAUGAAAAAAAAA